AAGUAUCACAGUGAGAAUGGUCGAUACCUAAAAUUCCUAAUCAGAAAAAAAAAACCCUAGUAAUGCCGCCGAUGGGGAGGAAGCGAAAGGUAGCACCCAAAUCUUCUCUAUCCACCGAGCCACCUCUCAAGCAGCAACAACCAAAACCCGAAAAUCCCCCUCAAGAAUACGAAGAAGUCGAAGAGGAAGUUGAGGAAGAAGAGGUAGAGGAAGAGGUCGAAGAGGAAGAAGAAGAAGAAGAGGAGGACGAGGAAGAAGAGGAGGAGGAAGAAGAAGAAGAAGAAGAAAACGACGUCGUCAAACAACAGCAGCAGCAACAGCAAGACGAAGACGACAUCCCGAUAUCGAAACUUCUGGAACCGUUGGGCAAGGACCAGCUUCUGAACCUUCUUUGCGACGCGGCGGCGAAGCACCGCGAUGUGGAGGAGAGGAUCCGAAAGGCGGCGGAUGGAGAUCCGGUGCACCGGAAGAUAUUUGUCCACGGAUUGGGCUGGGACACUACCGCCGGAACCCUAAUUAGCGCGUUCCGGCAGUACGGAGAGAUCGAGGACUGCAAGGCCGUCACCGACAAGGUCUCCGGCAAGUCCAAGGGCUACGGCUUCAUCCUCUUCAAGACGCGCCGCGGCGCGCAAAACGCGCUCAAGGAGCCGCAGAAGAAGAUCGGCAACCGCAUGACAGCGUGCCAGCUGGCAUCCAUCGGACCGGUUAGCAACCCGCCGCCGACGCCGAUGGCGCCUUCAGCGGCUCCGUCGUCGUCGGUUUCGGAGUACACACAGAAGAAGAUCUACGUGAGCAACGUCGGUGCGGACCUGGAUCCGCAGAAGCUUCUCGCGUUUUUUUCACGGUUCGGGGAGAUUGAGGAAGGGCCGUUGGGGCUUGACAAGGCCACCGGAAAACCUAAGGGGUUCUGUUUGUUUGUUUACAGGAAUCCGGAGAGUGCGAGGAGAGCGUUGGAAGAGCCUCAUAAGGAUUUCGAAGGGCACAUUUUGCAUUGCCAGAAGGCGAUUGAUGGGCCCAAGGCCGGGAAAUUUCAACAGCAGCAGCAGCACGGGAAUGUUAAUGCGCACGCCCAGCGGGCCCAGUUUCAGAGGAAUAGUAAUGUUGGUGCUAAUGCUGCUGCGGGUUAUGGUGGUGGUGGUUCGGCGGUGCAGCCGGGGCACUUGAUGGCGCCGGCUGGGCCGGGGAUUGGGUUUAAUCCGUCGGCUGCUGCAGCUGCGCAGGCUGCGUUGAAUCCGGCAAUGGCACAGGCGUUGACGGCCCUGCUGGCGUCACAGGGGACGUUGGGGCUGACGAAUUUGUUGGGGAGUAUUGGAACGAGUGCUGCGGUGAACCCUGGUGUGCCUGCUGCAGGGUCUGCGGUGCAGGGUGGUGGUUAUAGUGCUCAGCCGAAUAUAAGUCCCGGUGUUGUUGGAGGAUAUGGGAAUCAGGUGGGGUUACAGGCUGCGUAUCCGAAUCAGAAUCAGCAGAUAGGGCAGGGUGGAUCUGGAAGAGGGCAGUAUGGUGGUGGAGCUGCGCCCUACAUGGGGCACUAGGUGUUUCCAUCUAUGUCACUGGACAUGGAGGAUGAAUGACAAUGGAGAUGGGAGGUCUUGGUAGUUUGGAUGAGGAAUGUGUGAUAUGCUUCUUUGGUGAUUUUCUUGUCAAUGUUUUGAAGAUGGGAGGUCUUGGUAGUUUGGAUGAGGAGUUUGUGAUAUACUCACUGAAGAACAGAUUGGACUGCCAGUGUGAAACAACCAAGAACAAAAGAGAUUGACAGGAUGAUGGAUCAACUACCAUGAGAGAAUUCAGUUAAGAGAGGGUGAUGAGCUCAUUCAUUUUAGGUCAUAAUCCUUGGUCUUGGAUUGUAGUUGAGUCCCUCGGAUCAAUGUUAUUGUCAUGGGUGCCCUUUCGUGGAAUAUUACCAAUUCCACUUUCAAGUUUUCCCAGUUAUCCCACCAGAAAAUCUUCUAUGAGGACGGAAUCUGAAGGCAGCAUGGAAUUCCUAGUUUUUUGUAUGGACUACUUGGCUGUGUUUAUGUCACAAAGACUUGUGGAAAAUGAUUUUUCUUGGAUUUUUCUCACUGUAGUAUACUUUUUACUGUUCUA